ACAACAUUAAUACAAGGAAAGAAUUAUGGCAAGAAGUGUGAUGAAUGCUGUGAUUAUGACAAUAAUUAUGUUCAUUUUGGCACAAGCUAGUUAUUCUCUUCCGACUCGGCCUAUCGCUAUAGUGCGUUGUGCUGCCAAGUGUGCUGUACAAUGUGCAAAUAAAUUGGAUGAGGAACUAAAGUAUGUAGAAUGUGUUGCUGGAUGUGGAUUGGCAUGCAAUAACAUAUCAUCGCCAGCUGCAUAUCAAUGUACUACUGGUUGUGCUUAUUCAAAACUCAAUAGUAUUAAAACUGAUGCUCGUGAUGUCAAUGCAAUCGUUAAUUCAUGCUUGAAAUCUUGUUAGACAAUAUGUAACAAUCAAUAAAUAUAUAUAUAUAUAUAUAUAUAUAUAUAUAUAUAUAUAUAUAUAUAUAUAUAUAUAUAUAUAUAUUGAGUUUAUGAAC